GAUGAAGGUGGUGACUGCGCCGAGGUUGGUGAUGAUGAUGAUGAUGAGAACGAACCGGGGACCUGGGGCCUUGGUGCUCAUGCUCUUGGUGGAGCGUAGUGGGGAUCUCUAUGCGUGGGAGGAACGUCGAGGAACGAGGCGGAGCGACUUGAUUGAUAUCAGAGUCACGGGCAAGGAUUCAACUUGGUCAGGAUUCUCGUGGUGUGGGAUUCGUCACAGCGUGAGGAUUUUUGUGAUCGUGCGCCUACAGGAACCCACUUGGCCACCCACGUGAACGAUGGCGAAACAUUGAAUGGACCACGAUCGCACCUUCAUGAUCGUAGGAUGGUGACAAAGGGGGAAGCUACCUCCUCCCCAUAUUCCUCUUGUAUCGUAUCCCAAAUAUCAGGGUCAUGGAUAGGCAGUCAGUGAUCUCGCGACACGUUUCACGUUCAGGCGAUGCGCUACUGUUUCUUUCCUCCACAUUCAAGCUUAUCGUCUUCUUUUGUGCUUUGGGCGUCUCUUGCUGGCGUGACGUGUUCGGAAGCAUCCAACACUUCUACUAUAAGCGUGGUUGUAAUUGUUGUUAUUAGAUAUACACAGAAUGAAAAUACAGAAAUUGAUAGUCUAACCACUCCGAUAGUUUCCUUCUGUAUCUAUCGCAUUUGAAAUGGCAUAAGCCCUUCAUCUGACCCUUACGUUUGCACACGAGCCCGCUUGUUGGGCACCUACGUACAACAUGUGGUGCCAUGUGCGACUCCUACCAGUGAACAGAGCACGUAUGAGUGUCGUAAAGGUCUGACAAGAAUUGGUGGAUGCAGUAGAUACAGGUAAGGUCGUGUAAAAAUAGAAUGCUUGCAUCCGAUAAUUUAUUAUAUCUGUAUCAGUAUCGAUCGUAAUCCUAAAGACUUUAAGUCGUGCAUCAAUGAAUUGACGACUUUCUCAGAUCUCAAUGGAAGCAAUUUAGAUGAAAGUGGCAGGAUCCCACAAACCUUAAUGGCACGGCGAUUUACCGACUUCAGUGGCUGCCGUUUGUUGAGACCCUAUCAUGUCUCUAGAUUAUCCAGCUUGCCUGGCAAUCAACGUGCAAUCUUUUGCUUGAGGUUCCCUCAGGCAAGCGCCCUGAGCCGUUUCUCCUUUCGAGAAAUUCGGUUACUUUAUUACCCCAUGCAUGACCCCGUCACCAGGCUGCACAAUCCUACGGACGUCAUACCUGUGAUGCACUGGAAUAAC